CAACUUCCUGUUCUAAUACCAUAAAAUUACUUAGAGCACUUCUGGCCUUUUAAAUGUCGUAAGAUCCCUUUGAGAAGAAACUGAAUGAUUAAAGAGUAACCUGAAAACAUAAAAAGCAGUAUGGACUUCAAAAAGUUGUUAAAUUUUGCGUCAGUGAACUCAAAACACGUUGAGAAAAAGACACAAGGCCAUGGAUAUGAGACCACUAAGUUUUCUGCACCAAAGAAAGACUCCAAGCCAAAGGUCAAUCCAGAGGCGGUUAAGGCAGCAUUAGCUAAACAAGAACAAGAGGCUAAGAAAAGAGCUCUGGAUGAGAAAAAGCGCAGAAUUCAAGCAAGGGUACAAUCAAAUCUGCAGAAUGAAGCAACAAAUAAAACAAACACGAAAAAGACAGCAAGUAGUAAAGAGAGGGAAGCUGAUAUUGAAAGAAAGGUCAACUUUGAAAAGAACAGAAAACUGUUAUCUGGUGACAAGGCCAAAGAUGCUGAGAGAAUCAGGAAAGAGAUGCUAGAAAAAGCAGAAAGAAUACGGAAUGAAAUGAAAUUGUCUGGCGGAGGAGGAAAAGUCACCUCAAAAGAACUGAUAUUGGAUGAUGACAGCGACAGUGAUAAUGAAGUUAAACCAAUUAAAGACCUUGAAUUCCUCAAAAAACCCAAAUCUGAUGCAGAACCUGAGUGGAAAAAGAAUUAUGAAAUGAAUAAACAUAAACGUGAAGAGGAUCGGUCUCGUGAGAAGAAACAUAAACAUAAGAGCAAACACAAGAAUAAAGAUAGGGAUAGGGAUCGAGAAAAGCGUCAUGACAAGGACCGACAUCACAAAUCUCAUGACAAGAAACGGGAACCAGCAUGGACUAAUGUUCCUAAAUUCAAAAAGCCAGUGAACAAUGUGGACCAUGGCGAUGGGAAGUUGAAAAAGAAAAAGCCAUUCAUCGGGGGAGCUAAACCACCUUUAAGCUUCGAGCAAAUUCUCGCUAUAGCACAUCAAAAACAUAAUGAUGAAGAUGCAGUAGAAAGUGCCGUAAAGAUUCCUACAAAGAAGAAACAAGAGAGAAUGAUGACACAAGAAGAAAAAGACAGAAUUCAACGCAAAAAGGAUAAACUGAAACAAAACACUGAUGAAAGGCCAAUGACUGCUAUGGAAAAAGAAAGAUUAGAAGAGGAAAAACUAGCUAAGGGGUCUUAUAAUAGUACAAUAGUGAAGACCCCUUCUAAAACUAAUGAUCAGAAAACUAAAUCAUUUAAUAAAGAUUCAAAUGGCUUGGACAAGAGGAAACCUAAUAACAUACCAAAUUCAACUUCAAAAACUUCUCAUAAAUCCUCCGCCAUCUCACACUCAAAGCAACCCACUCAAAAUUCAGUAUCACAAAAUGGAAAAUUAUCGUCAUCAUCAUCUCACAAAUUGGCUUCAAAUUCGAAGCAGCAUAAAAUGAACAAACAAAAACAAUAUUCAGAAGUGAGAAAUAAUGUUCUAGUAUGUGGAGGUAAUAAUGAUAGUGAUUCUGAUUCUGAAGAGGAGGAUAAACCUAUGAACCCCUGGGAUAGGAUAACUCAGGGUAUGCAUAAAAAAGCAAAAAAGCGAAGUCAUGAAAUCAGUGAUGAUGAGGGAAGCUUCUAUGACUCCGAGUAUGAUGAGGAAAUGGAUGAUUUCAUUGAUGACGGAGAUUGCAAUCCUUCAGCUGUAUCGAGUGUUAUUAAACAAAUGUUUGGAUAUGAUAAGUCCAAGUAUCGCCACGAGAGAGAGGAUGACUUGAGCGACAUGGAAGCCAACUUUGCAUCUAUCCAGCGUGAAGAAGCAAGAAGUGCCAAACUGGGAAGACUCGAGGACUUGGAGGAUAUGAAAGCAGAAGAAGAGGCCAUUAAACGUAAAAUGAUGAUGAAGAAAAAGAAAAUGAAAUACCGAUAAUGAUCAGUGAGCUAAACAUGAAUAUAAGAAUUAUUGGCUGAUACAUUUGAAAACGUUCCAGAUACAAUAGAACCUGAUGGUCACUGAUUCCAUUCUUUUGAGAGAAACACAAAUGUGCAUGGAUGAAUGAAUUGAUUUAAUAUAAUGCCAUAUCAGUAGGUGCAAUGGACCAGUGAAUGGACAACAUAAAUAAAUGUUUGAAGUGCAAUUGGAAAUAAGGCUUAUCUCUGGGGGACAUUCACUCUUGCUUGCACCAUAGACCAUUAUUCCUACACUUAAAAUGUACUACAUAAUACUUUUAAUACCUUUAGUGAAAGUGUACUACACAAUUAUAUUACCUGUGGUGAAAAUGCUCUUUACAAAAAAAUUAACUACACAAUACCAUUGGUGAAAAUGUAGUAAACAAU